CGCAGGUCUCCUAAAUCACUAAUCAUGAGGACAAACACAAUCGCGCUCUCGGCGCUUACUCUUGCAACAGUCUCCGUUGCUUUGCCAAUGUCCUCUGAGACCAACCGGGACCAAACCAAUCCCACGACGGAAAGACUCUCUUUACCGGUCGGUUGGCCUUCAACGAACCCAAACAUUCUAGCGUCUCUACAGCCUGUUCUGCCAAAUGGUCUUCCAAACAACCUCCUGAGUGGUAUCCUAGGAGGAUCCGCUCAAGAUCUUGCGGAUGCACCAGCAAAAUUGCUGGCCAUCAUCGCUACCGUCAACCCGUUCGCGGGACUCGUAGCAGCUACAAUGUCAAACAUUUUGACAGGUCUGCCAGCAGCAAUUAUUCCGGGGAACCCACUUGAAGCGCUUCUCCCUAGCGCUCUGGAGGACCUUACAGCAGGUAUACCGGCCGCCCUGUCGGCCAAUCCGCUUGCGGCACUCUUGCCCACAGGCCUUCCAGACAUCGCUGCAGUCUUGCCAGGCGCUGUCACGGCCCCGAACCCAAUCGGAGGGCUCUUGGCUGGCUUGAUACCAACCCCUGCGAUCGUAGUACCCGCAGUUGUGGCAACACCAAGUCUUUCGCCAAUCCUGGCAGUUUUGCCAACACAGGCUGUGUCAUCGGUGAUAGCGGCAGCCCCUGUGGCGAUUCCUACCACAGUUUUGAGGGAGGUACCAGCAUUGGUGUCGUCUACAGUGAUUGCGAGACUUCCAACUGUUGUGCCUACCAACCUUGUAGCGGCAAUACCGACCAACAUCCUAGGGUUCCGUCCCACCGUCUUGCCCGUAGGGCCUUAGGCGUCGCGUGUGGCAAAUUUAGUUAGCAAUACUAAGGUACCGUCUCCGCUUGCACAGCAUACGUAAACAGUCUGUAAUGGCUUGCUGGCUACUCAAGUUCGACUGGUUUGGGGUUGGAUGAUGGUUGUGGCAUUCUUGCAAUCAUUGAACACACCUGCGCUGAGUAAGGUUAUUGAGGUGGGAUUAGUUAGGGGUGCGGUGUUCGGACAAACGAAUGAUAACAAGCUAGAUGAGAGCAAGAAUCAACUUGCGAUGACUGCAGAUUAGUUGAGAACAAUGUCAACCUCGUUUGUCUCGCCAUGAUCCCAUGAGCGUUUCCACACGGUACCAAGUGCUCUGCGCCGUGCAAUCUUU